ACUUCUGGAGUGACAUUUCAGAUGAUGAGGAGGAUGAAAAGGCUGAUGCUGAUGAAGAGACCCAGAAAUCUCCAGAUGAGGACGUUGAAAAGGUUGAUUCUGAUGAAGAGGCCCAGAAAUCUCCAGAUGAGGAGGUUGAAAAGGUUGAUUCUGAUGAAGAGGCCCAGAAAUCUCCAGAUGAGGAGGUUGAAAAGGUUGAUUCUGAAGAAAAGACCAAGAAUCCUUCGGAUGACGAGGAGGGUGAGAAGGAUGAGGAGAAAGUCACUUUAGUUGAAGACUUCUGGAGUGACAUUUCAGAUGAUGAGGAGGAUGAAGAGACCCAGAAAUCUCCAGAUGAGGAGGAUGAAAAGGUUGAUUCUGAUGAAGAGGCCCAGAAAUCUCCAGAUGAGGAGGAUGAAAAGGUUGAUUCUGAGGAAGAGGCCCAGAAAUCUCCAGAGAUGGACGAUGAAAAGGCUGAUUCUGAUGAAAAGACCAAGAAUCCUUCAGAUGACGAGGAGGGUGAGAAGGAUGAGGAGAAAGUCACUUUAGUUGAAGACUUCUGGAAUGACAUUUCAGAUGAUGAGGAGGUUGAAAAGGUUGAUUCUGAUGAAGAGGCCCAGAAAUCUCCAGAUGAGGAGGUUGAAAAGGUUGAUUCUGAUGAAGAGGCCCAGAAAUCUCCAGAUAUGGACGAUGAAAAGGUUGAUUCUGAUGAAAAGACCAAGAAUCCUUCAGAUGACGAGGAGGAUGAGAAGGAUGAGGAGAAAGUCACUUUAGUUGAAGACUUCUGGAAUGACAUUUCAGAGGAUGAGGAGGUUGAAAAGGCUGAUUCUGAUGAAGAGGCCCAGGAAUCUUCAGAUGAUGAAGAAGAUGAAGAGGUUGAUUCUGAUGAAGAGACCCAGGAAUCUUCAGAGGAUGAAGAGGAUGAAGAGGUUGAUUCUGAUGAAGAGGCCCAGGAAUCUUCAGAGGAUGAUUCUGAUGAAGAGACCCAGGAAUCUUCAGAGGAUGAAGAGGAUGAUUCUGAUGAAGAGGCCCAAGAAUCUUCAGAGGAUGAAGAGGUUGAAGAGGUUGAUUCUGAUGAAGAGCCCCAGGAAUCUCCAGAUAAUAAGGGAGAUGAAGAGGUUGAUUCUGAUGAAAAGACCAAGAAUCCUUCAGCUGACGAGGAGGAUGAGAAGGAUGAGGAGAAAGUCACUUUAGUUGAAGACUUCUGGAGUGACAUUUCAGAUGAUGAGGAGGUUGAAGAGGUUGAAAAGGCUGAUUCUGAUGAAGAGAUUCUGUCCUUGAACCCCCAAAAAGAAUCAGACCUCCUCAAAGAGCUCAAGGAUGUGAAAGGUUCUGAUAUCUUGAAGACCUUGGGACAGUUGUGGAAGAGACCAAGCCAAGAGGCAGAGAAAGCUAGGAAAGGUUGGUCUAGUUUCUCAACUAAAACCAGUAGGAAAAAUCUUUAGUUAGAAAAAGAUAAAAUUAGAAAAGUAGGAAAAAACUUUAGUUAGAAAAAGAUAAAAUUAGAAAAGUAGGAAAAAACUUUAGUUA